AGUACAACCAGCUGCCCAUAGGAUACAGCAGAUAACAAUGGAACCAGACAGUGCAAAUUUGGGAAAUGGUGAAUUUAACAAAGUGAAGUACAAGGAAAAUGCACUGGAAAAUCCUAAGGAGAAUCAUAGAAAAAACAAAAAUAAAGAUGAAAAACAAGUUGAAAAAGUACCAGCAGUUAACCCCCUUCAGAUGUUUCGUUUUGCAGAUGGUCUAGAUAUUUUCCUGAUGGUAGUUGGAAUUAUAGCUGCAGUGGCUCAUGGAAUUUGCCUUCCGCUGUUGUCAGUUGUUUUUGGAGAUAUGACAAAUGGGUUUAUAUGCCAAGCUGCCAAUUCAACCUUAAAUUUGACAGACUGUGAUGACAUGCCCUUUGAAGAACAAAUGGCUAAGUUUUCCUAUUACUAUGUUGCAAUUGGAGCAGGAGCACUGCUAUGUGCUUACAUCCAAGUUUCUUUUUGGGUUCUGACUUCAGCAAGACAGACGAGAAGACUUCGAAAGCUAUUUUUUCACACUUUACUGAGAAGAGAGAUUGGAUGGUUUGAUGUUAACCCAGUUGGACAACUCAAUACACGUCUAACAGCUGACAUCAACAAAAUCAACGAGGGAAUUGGGGAUAAGAUUGGACUUUUGUUCCAGUAUAUCGCAACUUUUGCCGGAGGCGUAAUAGUUGGUUUUGCAAGGGGAUGGAAGCUAACUCUGGUAAUUCUGGCUGCCAGCCCUCUCCUUGCAUUAUCAGCUGUUCUGUGGUCUAAGCUCACAGUGUCGUUCACCAGCUUAGAGAUGACAGCUUAUGCAAAAGCUGGAGCCGUUGCAGAAGAGGUGUUGGGGGCAAUCCGAACGGUGAUGGCGUUUGGAGGUCAACAGAAAGAGAUUGAAAGGUACCAUAGCAAUUUAGGUGAAGCAAAGAAAAUUGGUAUAAAGAAGGCUAUUACUGCCAAUCUGUCUGUUGGAUUUGCCUACUUUAUAAUAUUUGGAUCUUAUGGAAUUGGAUUUUGGUAUGGAACUACUUUGGUACUUGAGAACUCAGAGUAUUCCAUUGGAACAGUUCUCACUAUUUUUUUCUGUGUUACCUUUGGAACAUUCUCGAUUGGUCAAACAGCACCCUAUAUUGAAGCAUUCUCUAAUGCUAGAGGAGCGGCAUAUGAAAUCUAUAAAAUACUAGAUGAGAAAUCUGCCAUAGAUGGUUUCUCAGAAGAAGGAUAUAGGCCUGAUCAAAUUAAAGGAAUAGUGGAAUUUAAGAAUGUGCAUUUUAAUUAUCCAUCAAGACCAGAUGUAAAGGUUUUAAGAGGCCUGAAUUUGAAGAUUAAGAGCGGACAGACGGUAGCUCUGGUGGGAAGCAGCGGCUGUGGAAAAAGUACAACCAUUCAGUUGCUGCAGAGAUACUACGAUCUCCAGGAAGGAUCGAUUACAGUUGAUGGCCAUGAUAUACGGUCACUAAAUAUCAGGCAUUUUCGAAAGUUCAUUGGCGUGGUCAGUCAAGAGCCUGUACUUUUUGCUACAACCAUUGCUGAAAACAUACGAUUUGGACGUGAAGAUGUUACAGAUGCAGAAAUUGAGAUGGCUACAAAAGAAGCAAACGCUUAUGAUUUCAUCAUGAAACUUCCUGAUAAAUUCGACACUCUUGUUGGGCAGAGAGGUACACAACUGAGUGGAGGGCAGAAACAAAGAAUUGCAAUUGCCCGGGCUCUGGUGCGUAAUCCCAAGAUCCUUUUGUUAGAUGAAGCUACUUCAGCCCUGGACACAGAGAGUGAAGCUGUGGUUCAAGCAGCAUUGGAUAAGGCAAGUAAAGGUCGUACUACGAUCUUGAUUGCUCAUCGUCUGUCGACAAUCAGGACUGCAGACAUGAUAGCAAGCUUUCAGAAUGGUGUUUUAGUGGAACAGGGGACACAUGCAGAAUUGAUGCAGCAAAAUGGAGUUUUCCAUUCACUUGUACUGGCACAGUCUUUUAAAAGCACAGAGGAAGAAAACAGGAAAACAGAAAAUGGCGAAGAGCAGGAUGAAUCUGAAAAUCUUCUCCACAAGCGCACACUGUCUAAUAAAUCAAGUACGAGAAGUGGUAAUGAGAUUGAAACUGAAGUGGAAAAAAAUGAGGCAAAGGAAGAAAAACUCCAAAGUGUUUCAUUUCUGAAACUUUUCAAAUUGAACAAAUCAGAGUGGCCUUACAUAUUUCUGGGAGUCAUAGGUGCGAGUAUCAAUGGAGCAACUCAUCCUGCCUUUUGCAUUAUAUUUGCAAAAAUUAUUAGUAUCUUUACUGAAACCGAUACAGCAGUGAUCAGGCAACAAGCAGAUCUUUAUUCUAUUUUAUUCUUUGUUAUCGGUAUAAUUUCCUUUGUUACAUAUUUCUUACAAGGUUUUAUGUUUGGAAAGGCUGGGGAAAUCCUCACUCAGAAACUGAGAUAUAUGGCCUUCAAGUCAAUGUUACGUCAGGAGAUUGCUUGGUUUGAUGAUAAGAAAAACAGCACUGGUGCCCUAAUCACAAGACUGGCAACAGAGGCAUCGCAAGUCCAAACAACUGUAGGUUCAAGAUUAGGACUAAUAGCACAAAACAUUGCAAGCAUGGGAUCUGCUGUUAUUAUAUCAUUCAUAUUUGGAUGGCAGAUGAGCUUGUUGGUCCUAGCAAUGGUGCCCAUCCUUGCUGUGGCCGGAGUGGUUGAAAUGAAAUCUCUAACAGGAUACACAAGUCGUGAUAAAAAAGACCUUGAAGCAGCUGGAAAGGUAGCAACAGAAGCUGUGGAAAAUAUCCAUACUGUUGUUUCUUUGACUGCGGAACCAACGUUUGAAAAGAUGUACGAUGAAAAUUUGGAGUUGCCACACCGAAAUGCUAAAAAGAAAUCCCAGGUCUAUGGUUUUGCCUUUGCACUGAGCCAGGCUAUCCAAUACUUUAGCUACGCUGCUAGUUUCCGAUUUGGUGCAUUCCUGAUAUCAAUAAAUGCAAUGGAUGUAGAAGGUGUUUUCCUUGUUUUUAAUGCCAUUGUGUAUGGUGCUGUAGCAAUUGGACAGAGCAGUUCUUUUGCUCCUGAUUAUGCAAAGGCAAAAGUUGCUGCGAUGAAUCUCUUUGCACUUUUUGAGCGUGUGCCAGCUAUAGACAGCGACAGCACUGAUGGACAGAAGCUGGAAAACUUCAAUGGUGACUUGAAAUUCUCCAAAGUUUACUUCAGAUAUCAGAGUCGUCCAAAUGUACCAGUGCUCAAAAGACUGUCAUUCAAGGUUGGAAAAGCACAGACUUUGGCACUAGUUGGCAGCAGUGGUUGUGGGAAAAGUACAUCUGUGCAGCUUAUAGAAAGGUUCUAUGACCCACUGAAAGGAGAAGUGUUUCUGGAUGGAACUGAUAUCAAAAACAUCAACAUUCAAUGGCUUCGAUCACAAAUAGGAAUUGUAUCCCAGGAACCUGUGCUCUUCAAUUGUAGCAUUGCUGAGAAUAUUGCCUAUGGUGACAACAGCAGGACCGUAUCACAGGAGGAGAUUGAGAAGGCAGCAAAGGCAGCAAAUGCUCAUUCCUUUAUUGACCAACUCCCUGAUAAAUACAACACUAGAGUUGGGGAGAAAGGAGCUCAGCUUUCCGGUGGGCAAAAACAACGAAUAGCUAUUGCACGAGCUCUCGUACGGCAGCCAAAAAUUCUGCUCUUAGAUGAGGCGACAUCUGCACUUGAUACAGAGAGUGAAAAGAUUGUUCAGGAGGCUCUCGACAAAGCAAGGGAAGGACGGACCUGUGUGAUCAUUGCUCACCGUUUGACGACAGUUCAGAAUGCUGAUGUGAUUGCUGUUAUUGACAAUGGACAAGUAAUAGAACAGGGCACACAUGAACAGCUGCUAGCUAGACACGGGGCUUACUAUAAUCUAGUAAAUGCCCAGGUCAUUCAAUAAAAUUCCAUUUUUAUUUUGUGAACAGUAUUGGAGCUGCUUUUCUAUUGAAGCAAAGUAUUUAAAACUGUGCGCUAAUAGGAAGAUGGGGUAUAAUUUGGGACUUGAUUCCUCAUCAGAAUAUCACUUCUAAGAAGCAACUUCAUGCUGAUUUGAAAUCACAACAAGUGUUACAUCUCAAUAACACACGGACAACACGGUGGGUCAUCUGUAGUUAUUAUAAACUACCCUCCAAAGCACCAGUAGGGCUGAGAUGAGGCCUUUAAGUGGUCAUUAAUUGGUCACUUAAGGGUGUCAAUUGAUCCAACUGUCAGAAGGUUACCCAAUGCAUCUCCAGUCCCACAUAAAAUUUCAAACAGUUCAGAGAUAAAUAGCUUGUGGCAGGAAAAUACUUCAAUACUAAAAUCCAGCCCAACAUUGUGAAAAUGAUAGGUUAGGUCCCAUAUGUAAGCCAAGAAAUGUUUUGAUACAGUCAUUUAGAACAUUCUCUAAAAUGUUGCACUUGCUGAAUCAUCUAAGCAACACCUUCUUCCAAUUGUAAUUUUAAAUAAUUUGGAGCGAUCUUCUUGUAGUUGUCAAAGGUAGGUUUUUCUGUUUUGUUUGAAAUCUCAUGAGAGUUUCUGGGGUCAGCCUAAUUUGAACAAUGUGGUAGGAUUCUCAACUGCACCAGGCAUCCCAUCGCAGGAAAGAGUGAGGAAUUGGAAAAUGGACACAGCAGGCCUUAGGCACAUCCAGCAGUGUGUAGAUCAAAGUCACUGCCAAGAAGGGGAUAGAUUAUAGAUUUCAGAAUGUAAAAAAUCCUUCGUGGUAAUCUAUUGCAUUUCUUGAAGGGAUGUUUGAAAUUUAAUUCUUCUUCCUCAUGCCACAACAACUAUAGAUCCAGACCCAAAUAGUCAUUCCUUCAUCCAGCAUUAACACACUGUAGAUUCCUCUUCCAUGACUAUGUUAUUUGAAUUACCCUGCAUAUGUUUGUGUAGACAUACUGAAUGAUUACAAUUUCAAGCUGGUAUUAAUCAGAGAGGAGCCAUUAAAGUGGAUCCCAUGCCAAUUUCCAGCUUUCAUUCUCCUUAAAUCAGGAAGUAUGCUAGGGAAAAAUUGGAUUCAGUUUAUUAUCAUUCCAAACAAUGAAAAGAGGCCAGUUUUCUCAAGGCAUGCCAUUUGUUUCUUUGAAAAUAAAUGAUUCCUUACUAAUGGUUGCAUGGAAUUUACAUGAAACAUAAAAGAUUUGCUAAUAAGUAAUAGUCAGAAUAUCUUACUAAUUAUCUCAGGUAUCGUUUAAAGAAGUGGUUGGGCCUUUAUAGCAGCUAUGUACUGUAUUAGGUAACUCAACUAUGUACAAGACGGUUAUGGCAAGGUAUUCUGUGCAUUUGGCAGAAAUGGCCAUUGGUUCUGCCUAUCCAUGUAACAUGAACGGAGAAUAAAAUAUUUAAGUUAUAAAGUA